UAAUCCAAAUGGGCCAAACAUCCACCGACGAAACACCCCAAAAGAGAAGCGAGAGCUACGAAAGGGAGUUUGCAGUGCAAGCGAUCACUUCGACCAAGACGAAUACGUCCCAAUGCAGCGUACAACUUGCACGAAUAAUACUCCCUUCCAACGCAAGGUGAUUCAAAUGCAGCAGCAGCAAUAACAUCAUCUCUAACAGUCCCCCAGCCACCCCCAGGGAUGAACCCACGCUCAAGUACAUACUACCUGAAGAUACUACCCUCCCCCAUGUUUCGACCUCCAGAAGAAAGCCCGAAAGCCGAACCUCUCACUCCCGCAAGACACUUUUAUAUUGAACUUGAUGUGCCUGGCGAUCCUACAGAAGAUGAGCCUACACAAGGAGAGUAUGAUGGGCAGUCGAAUGCCGAAUCCAAGCCAUCACCAGUGCACACCCUCAGCAGUGCCCCAGUUGUUGAGGCCAAUAGAAAGAGGAAGCUAAAAUACCCCAAAAUCAGUGUCGGAACAUCUGCCAGUAAUUCACCGGGCGUCGUUGCUGGAAACUCGCAAAAUUCCGUACUCAAUGGUGAAAGUGGAAGGCCAGUCAGAGGGCGAUACAGACGACAAUAACCUACAUCCUGCCGUCAGGAGGCAGCGCUCACAGGGAUCCAUUUUUGCCAAAGAGAUGCUCAGCUACGUUCACCGACCACUUCCACCAACUCCGGCACAAGAUGCAGUUUACUACAAGACUGUGAAUUACCCACUCGGUCAUGUGCCUACCACAAGGAAAGUCUGGCAUCACGAGUACAUUGAAAUCGACGAGAGCAAGUUCAAUCAGCAGAAGGGUAAAGGUGCUCUCCCCAAGGCAGCUGAAGGGUGGAUCAAUAUACAUGCAGCUGGCGGUCCAGUUAGAGUUGGUGAUAGAAAAAAGCGCUCUCUCACCAACUUACCCCCUCCCCCUCCAGUACCCCGACGCCCCAGCUGCCCGUACGUAGAAAUCGAUGGGGACGAAAUAGAAGAGUUAGCCGCCAGUCUGCCUUCUGUCAGCCGGUUUGGAGUUGGUGCGGGACCCAAAUUCGCCAGGAAACUGGGGCCACCUCCAGCAGUCCCUGGAAGACCGGAGGAAACAAUUCGUCAGCGCAGCCUUUCCAACUCUGGCGAAUACUCCUAUCCAGCUAUUCCAGGGUUGAUGUUUGAGUGGCUGAACAGGAAGAGGGGUGAGGGUAGCAAGGCAUACUUCACUCCACGUGUCCCUUUGCUUUCGUCAUCGAAACCUUUACACCACUCUGGAAAGAAGUCCCUCAUGGAAACUAUUACGGAGAAAGGAUUUGCCUCCAACCCUCCCCCAACAGUACCCCCCAAAACAGAGUCACUACUCCGAGAGCAAAUGCGCCUACUUGCAAAUCAACCCUCUCGCACUCGCCCAAGCCCCUACCUCGUGCCAGUUACCAGUGUUCGCAAGGCCUCAUCCUAUGACCACUUGCCUAGUGAAGUACCUAUCUCUCCACCACCAACUCGGCCGAAAUCACCAAAGGAAGUUGUAAGCAACUUGAGAAAAGAGCUUCUUGCUGGUAAAACCAACGAAGAAGACUACAAACCAGACAAAAGCAGUGCAUUGCCACUUCAUCUAAUGGAGCGGAAGAAAACAAUGCUCCCCCCAAGCCCACCACUUCCAUACCAGAUUUCAGUGGAGGCCAAGGAGAAAGCACUGAGUAGCAACCCACCCAAAGUGCCAAUGAAAAAGAAAAAAGUCAGCAGCGACACCAAUAGAGAGAAAACAGAUGCUAGACAUGUGGAAUCAGGGGCAGAGAAGUAUGAGAGCUUGAACUCGACUGAUUCGGUGGCUCUCAGAAAAGCCAGGCUCCAGGAUCGAAUUGACCGAAACUCUCUCGCAAUGAUCAUGCAAAACAAAUCAGCCAUCGAAGAAAAGCUGGAGAAAGAGCACGGCUCUCCAAAGGCCCGAAGAAAACAGUUGGCGGCAGCCAGAGAACCAGCGUCCAAGGAAGACGAGUCACUUGUGAGAAGCCUGGGCGACAUUCUUCUUGAUGUCGACGCUUUGCUACAGAAUCGCAUGUGUAGCGAGGACGACCUCAUUGCUGCUAUUGAGAAGAGGUUGAACAUCAAACUAGUGAAGAAGGCGACAGAAGAGAGUAACAAAGAAGAUGAGAAGGAAGACGGGAGCAGUCAAAGGCUUGAAGAUUCAGUACAGGUAACGGAGGAAGAUGUCAAAGAGGUAGUACAGUUCAUGAACAACAGUCAUGGAACCCAACCAGAGAACGAAGGAGAAGAAAUGUUUGAAAGGAGCAUGAUUGUUAAAAUGACACAAGAAGAAGAGACUUCCGAGCAUGAAGCUUUGGGCUCUCCGAAGCCUCGUUCUUCCACCGUUAUUAUUAUAGACGACGCACCAGAGCUGAAAGAGAAGGGAGGGAGGUUCCUGACAGAACGAGCAGAGCUUUCACCUGAUACUUGGGAUGGAAGGGAACACAUGAUGGACAAUGAAGGGGAAGAAGAAGAAGAAGGGACGAAAAUGAGGGACAGUCGCAGCUUAAGCGUGGGAUUGAAACCUUUUCGGAGGGUGAAGGUCAGAAGGAGAACGAAUGCAGCAAGCGACAUGGCCAACCUGAGUGUUUGUAAGUGAUGCAUAGACACUCGAAAAGAAAGUAGACAAAUUUUACUUAUAAAUUUCUUUCACUCUACAGCUACAAAUCACUUUACACAAGGGACAGGGGAGUUCAAUUCCAAAGGUGGCACGCUGACAAAUCUCACAAGUGAGGUGGAAAUAGAAGUCCCAAAAGGCGCGGUGCCUCCGGGAAAGAGGCAAAGGCUAUGGUUCGAAGUUAUCCAAAAGAUAUACGAUCCCUCUGAAGAAAACAAGGAAAUAUCAUUCCAGGAUUUGUCCCAAAAAGAACUCUCUGACUCAAAUUCAAGUGUUGACGAAGUUGGAAAUCUCCUGAGCGAGAGAAGAAAGCGCAUCGUACAACUCUCAACGAUGGUCCUUAUUGGUCCCAGCGAUGCCAAAUUCGAGCAGCCAAUCAAAAUCAAGAUGCCGCACUGCCUGCCCUAUCGCAAUAACUCCUGGCACCUCCACCUUCAGGCUCGAGCUCAGAACUGCGAGUCAGACGAUUGGUUGGAGCUUUCGAACUCCAGUGGUCUUAUCAUCCCACAGUCUCGGCAGAGCCAACGCUUUUUCAAAAACUCAACCUACCAGAUGCACCUGCACUAUGCCGUGGUGCGGACUCGUGAAAUGGGAUGCUUUAAACUGUGCGGCAGUCCCAUGAGAAACGGAUCACACUCAGCAAAGAGGAUGGUGGCCUCGAUUUUUGGCAAAAAGGAAGGAGGGAAAGCGUGGUCGGUUCUCGUGACCCUCAGCAAUGCCAUCCAUGACCAAAUCCAGGCACUUGAUUUGACUCAGCGGAACGCAGGCUACACAUCUCUAGAGCACAGUGUUCCAGUUCUCUGUUUUGGUGAAGGAAAGGACAUGGAGCUCUCCUUGUGUACUGAGAGCAACAGCCUGCCCCUGGCAACUCAGGUGAUCCAAUUUGGACAGUUCUGGAGACUCAAGAGGGUGGGUCAGGCAAGGGCCAUUUUCCCUGUCAGUCUCGAUCAGGUGGAGUCUUCACAGUCAAAAACACUCACACUAAAGAUUCAGCAGGCCGGCAGCCAGCUACUUCACGAGACCAACUUUGUGCUUGCAGAUUGAGAAGUUGUCCUAUAUUUGUGUGUCUUGUUUUGUCCGUCUGAUCAUUUUUCCACGU